AUGUGUGGUAUCUUCGGUUAUAUCAACUACCUCGUCGAGAAGGACCGUCGUCACAUUCUAGAGACUCUUGUCAAUGGUCUUUCCAGACUCGAGUAUCGUGGAUAUGACUCCGCCGGUCUAGCUAUUGAUGGGGAUAAGAAGAAUGAGGUCUUCGCUUUCAAGGAAGUUGGAAAGGUCGAGAAGUUGAAAGAGUUGAUUGCACAGUCAAACGUCGACUUGGAAAAGACUUACGAAUCCCACGCUGGGAUUGCCCACACUCGCUGGGCUACUCACGGACCUCCUUCUCGCAUCAACUGCCACCCUCACAGAUCCGACCCCAAGUGGGAAUUCUCUAUCGUUCACAAUGGUAUCAUCACCAACUACAAGGAGUUGAAGGCACUUUUGGAGAGCAAGGGCUUCCGUUUCGAGACUGAGACCGAUACGGAAUGUAUCGCUAAAUUGGCCAAGUACCUCUACGACCAGCAUCCCGAUAUUGACUUCACUGUCCUGGCCAAGGCGGUCAUCAAGGAGCUCCAAGGUGCUUUCGGUCUUCUCAUGAAAUCUGUCCACUACCCACACGAAGUGAUCGCUGCUCGCAAGGGUUCUCCUCUUGUCAUCGGUGUUCGCACCUCCAAGAAGAUGAAGGUUGACUUCGUUGACGUCGAAUACUCUGAAGAGGGUGCUCUUCCUGCCGAGCAAGCCUCCCAGAACGUGGCCAUAAAGAAGUCUGCUGCUAAUCUUCUCGCGCCCCCUGACAAGUCGCUUUUGCACCGCUCACAAUCUCGCGCUUUCCUUUCGGACGAUGGAAUUCCCCAGCCUGCAGAGUUCUUUCUCUCCUCCGAUCCCUCUGCUAUUGUCGAGCACACCAAGAAGGUCUUGUACUUGGAGGAUGACGACAUUGCUCACAUCCACGAAGGUCAGCUCAACAUUCAUCGUCUGACCAAGGAUGAUGGCACCUCCAACGUCCGUGCUAUCCAGACCAUCGAGUUGGAAUUACAGGAGAUCAUGAAGGGCAAGUUCGAUCACUUCAUGCAGAAGGAAAUUUUCGAGCAGCCCGAAUCUGUUGUCAACACCAUGCGUGGUCGUCUGGAUGUUGAGAACAAGAAAGUGACCCUUGGUGGUCUUCGUCAAUAUAUCUCCACAAUCCGUCGUUGCCGACGCAUCAUCUUCAUCGCUUGUGGUACCAGUUACCACUCCUGCAUGGCCGUGCGUGGUGUCUUUGAGGAGCUUACCGAAAUUCCAAUUGCUGUCGAACUUGCCUCCGAUUUCUUGGAUCGCCAAGCUCCAGUCUUCCGUGAUGACACUUGUGUGUUUGUUUCUCAGUCCGGUGAGACUGCGGAUUCUUUGAUGGCACUCCGGUACUGCCUUGAGCGUGGCGCCUUGACUGUUGGUAUUGUCAACGUUGUCGGUUCCUCAAUUUCUCUUCUCACUCACUGUGGUGUGCACAUCAACGCUGGCCCUGAAAUCGGUGUUGCCUCUACCAAGGCCUACACUUCCCAGUUCGUUGCCAUGGUCAUGUUUGCCCUAUCCCUCAGUGAGGACCGUGCUUCCAAGCAGAAGAGGCGCGAGGAGAUCAUGGACGGUCUUUCUAAGAUCUCUGACCAGUUCCGUCAAAUCCUCAAGCUCAACGACCCCAUUAAGGAUAUGUGCGCCAAGUUCUUCAAGAACCAGAAGAGUCUUUUGCUUCUUGGUCGUGGUAGCCAGUACUCGACAGCUUUGGAAGGUGCCCUCAAGAUCAAGGAAAUCUCAUACCUUCACUGCGAAGCUGUCAUGUCUGGUGAAUUGAAGCACGGUGUCCUUGCGUUGGUUGAUGAGAACCUUCCCAUCAUCAUGAUCCUCACUCGCGAUGAUAUCUUUGCUAAGUCAUUGAACGCAUACCAGCAGGUCAUUGCCCGUGGCGGUCGUCCCAUCGUCAUCUGCAACGAGAACGACGAGGAGUUCCCUACUUCCCAGACCGAGAAAAUUGAAAUCCCCAAGACCGUGGACUGCUUGCAAGGUCUCCUUAACGUGAUUCCCUUGCAAUUGGUCGCCUACUGGCUUGCUGUUGGUACCGGUCUCCGAAUUGCCAUUGUACAUGCUCGUUGGAAUACAAAGAUUAUCGACGCGCUCGUAUCCGGGGCUGUGAAUAGCCUCAUUUCGACCGGAGUAUCGAAGGAUAACAUCGUCAUCCAGACCGUUCCUGGCAGCUAUGAAUUGCCAGUUGCGGUUCAAAAGGCCUCCCACGUCCAAGCUGCCGCUAGCUCGACAACCGGCGACAUCGCCGCAACAGACCUUCUCUCCUCGUCAACCUCCGACUUGACUCAGCAAGCUGUCACCACCACCUCCUCUUCCGCAGCGUCUGCAGCAUCAACAGCCCCCUUCGACGCAAUCAUUGCCAUCGGUGUGCUCAUCAAAGGCGAAACAAUGCACUUUGAGUACAUUUCCGAGGCUGUCUCGCAUGGCCUUAUGCGCGUUCAGCUCGAGGCUAAUGUUCCCGUCAUUUUCGGAUUGUUGACUCUGUUGACCGAGGAGCAAGGUCUUGAACGGGCUGGACUCGGUAAUGGGAAGAAGCAUAACCAUGGAGAGGAUUGGGGUCAUGCAGCUGUUGAGUUGGCUUUGAAGAGGAAGGGGUGGUCUGAGGGAAGAAUUGUUGCAUGA